AUGAAGUUUAACAGAUUGAUAUUCCCAAAGGGAGAAAUAGUCCUGGACCAUGUAUUGCAAUGUGGUCAAGCGUUCAGGUGGAUCUGGAAUCAUGAGAAAAGGUACUAUUCCGCGAGCAUGCUACUAAAUGACAAGCUGGGCUAUCGUAUUAUUGUAUUGAAGCAGCCCGAUCAGUGCAGUAUUGAAUUCAGCGUAGCUGGGAAUAAAGAUGACGACUGCAGCGGGGCGGCACGACAAUGGCUGAUGCGCUACCUACGGAUGGAGGUGAACCUAGAGGCUUUGUUAGCAGAAUGGCAGAAAGCAGACACACGUUUCAUCGGGAAAACACAUCGUGGCGUGCGAAUACUGCGACAGGAACCCUGGGAGACACUGUGCUCGUUUAUUUGCUCUAGCAACAACAAUAUCGGGCGCAUCACGAAGAUGUGCCAUGCACUGUGUUCGCAGUACGGGAGCUUCCUCGGCGAGCUCGACGGUACUCCAUACUACUCAUUCCCCACCAGCAAGCAGCUGAUGGAAGGCGCUAGCGAGGACGCACUGCGGGAUUUGGGGUUUGGGUAUCGCGCCAAGUAUAUCAUGGCUGCGGCAGAAUGGAUGGAUUCAAGUAAACCGGCACACAUGAGCGAUACUGAACACCUGGAAUCCUGGCUAGACAUGAUAUCGCGGGAGGAGAUCCGUCAGCGGUUUAUGGAGGUUCCGGGGGUGGGUCCGAAGGUCGCAGAUUGCGUCUGCCUCAUGGGCAUGCAGAUGGACGACCAUGUGCCUGUAGACGUGCACAUCAACAGGAUCGCACAAAGAGACUACAAGUUCAAUGCAUCGGCAGCGAAGAUCGCUGCGCUGAAAGCGCGAUACAAGGACCUUCCCAGUGUGCGCAAGAAACUGAACAUGGAGCUGGAGCUUGUGCGGGAAAUGUUCAUACAAAAGUGGGGCCCCUAUGCCGGAUGGGCGCAGGGCGUGCUCUUCGCGCAGGAGAUCAACAAGUCUGACACGGCCACGAAGCAGGGUCCGGCCAGCAACCAGGAGGUCGCAGUAGCCAAACGUAAAGUGGAGGAGAAAGACUUUUUGCAUGAAGCCGGCUCUGAGGCCGCGGUGGUCGAGGUCGCUCUUGAUGGCGUUGAGUUCUCGGCGUCCGGCCGGCCUUUGCGGACCGCUUCCAAGCGCAUUAGAUACAGCACUUAG